AUGGAGAACAAGGCGGCGGAGGGUAGUUACGUGACUUCUAAGACGUCGGUGUGGUGGGACAUAGACAGCUGUCCGGUUCCUGCUGGCUAUGAUCCUAGUCUGGUCGGUCCGAGUAUACAUUUGGCGUUGGAGAAAUUAGGGUACCGUGGUCCGAUUACCAUCACUGCCGUUGGCAAACUCAAACGCACAUCUGAAGACGUCCUCCGAGCGAGCCAUCUCUUCCACUGGAAUUAUAAUAUUCUUGGAUUUCUCUAUAGACGUAAAAAAAGGAAAUAA